AUGGUGAACCACUUGGAGAAGCAAAUUGGGCAGAUAGUGAAGUUUGUAGGAUUUAUGCAAGCAAAGAAAGAGGAGAAUGACAAAGACAUUCUUGAGACAUUUAGGAAAGUACAAGUCAAUAUACCACUCCUCGAUGCCAUCAAGCAAGAACAUCUUGAUCAAUUGCAUGAGGAUGCACUUGAAACAGUCCUUACAAAUGGAAUAGAAUUGACAAAUCACAUGGCAUCACCCAUAGCACCCCACGACACCAAUCUGGAAUUUCAUGCCAUGCCCUUUGAUGAUGAAAAGAUUAUUCAUUCAUAUUCACUCAUUCAUACAAUCUGCCAUCUUUCAUCCUGUCCACCAACCUUUACCACAGCCUUCAUCCUCUCUUCCACCAUUCCCAUACUUCCAUACCUUCACCCAAACACUCAUACACCAUUCCCAAACCUUUGCCGCAUCCCCUACCAAUCUAAAUUCAUCCUUAACCCAGAAAUACAUCCAAAAUCACCCAAAAACUCUUCAUUGGCAGUGUUGGAAAACAUCGUGUUUGAUGAGCAUACACGAGAGGUGGACUAUUCUGACAAAUCUGCUACAGAGAACACUCGUGCAGCUUACCCCAUCGAAUACAUUCCCAACGCAAAGAUACCAUGCAUUGGUCCACAUCCAAACAACGUCAAACUUUUGGCGUGCGAUGCAUUUGGUGUGCUCCCUCCUGUGAGCAAGUUAAACCUUGCUCAGACCCUGUACCACUUCAUCAGUGGCUACACUGCUCUGGUUGCUGGAACUGAAGAUGGUAUCAAGGAGCCAACAGCAACAUUCUCAGCAUGCUUCGGUGCAGCAUUUAUAAUGUUGCAUCCUACUAAGUAUGCAGCAAUGCUGGCUGAGAAGAUGCAGAAGCACAGUGCAACAGGAUGGUUGGUUAACACUGGCUGGUCCGGUGGAAGCUAUGGAUCAGGAAAGCGCAUUAAGUUGCCCUACACCAGGAAAAUCAUUGACGCCAUCCACUCCGGCAGCCUCUUAAACGCGAAGUACAAGAAGACUGAAGUGUUUGGACUUGAAAUCCCCACUGAGGUCGAGGGAGUGCCUUCAGAAAUACUGGAUCCAGUGAACACUUGAUCGGACAAGAAUGCAUACAAUGAAACUUUGAUGAAGCUGGCUGGCCUGUUCAAGAGGAACUUUGAGACUUUCACAAAUUACAAGAUUGGGAAGGACAACAAGCUGACCGAGGAGAUACUUGCGGCCGAAACAAAUUUCUAAAACCUUCGCAGAAAAGAAGAAUAACUAGAAACUCUAGAGAAGCUAGGGGGCAAGG